AUGACUGACUUCACGGGUAAAUUCAAACAGGUUUCGGCUGAAAAUUUUGAAGCACUCCUCAAAGAGCUCGGAUUACCGGAUGAUAUGAUAAAUCGUAUAAAGGAUCAAAAACAGGAAGUGGAUAUUAGUAAGGCUGGCAGUGUCUACACCAUUAAAACGGUAACACCACUCAAUACACGGGAGGUGUCAUUUGAGUUGGGAAAGGAGUUUGAGGGACCCCGGUUUGGUGGGCCUAAUGUUAAGUCAUUAGUGGUGUCGGACGGCAAUAAACUCAUACUUUGA